UGGCACUCUGAGCCGGGAUUAACAAGCAGAGAGCAGUUUGUCCCCCCCGACAGCCGCUCGCCCAAAGGGGUCUAAAGAAAUGCCGAUGGAAGUCAGCUACGUUAACGGGCUGGAGCCUGACCUUUCCCAGCAGUAUCCUCCGCCCUUACUGCCAAAACCAGGCAAAGACAACGCAAGGCUUCAGAAACUCAAGAAGAAGAGAGCCAAGAAAAAAGGGAGCCUCUCUCAGACGCCCGUCCCCUUUCGCUCCUGUUUGUCACCUGUCAACGAGGCGAGCACAGACCUCGAGCACAGCGACCAGUCCAGCCCGCCAAGGACACCGGAUUCGGUCUACAUUGAGGACCCUUCAGUGUCCAGUUUCCCCUUUGAAUGUCUCUACGAUCACUCUGCAUCUGCAUUCCCUCAUCCUCGGAGCAGUUCCUAUGUCCAAACUGGCAGCUUCCCCCCUCCGUCCUACAUAGCUCAGAUCAGGACUUCUGAGGAGCAGGUGGCUCCGCUGUAUGAGUGCUCCUCUUUUUUAUUCGAUGACGUGACUCCUUUCAUGAUGCCACCUUCGGUUUCACCACCCCCAUCACCACCCGAGCGGCUUCCAGCACCAACUCUUCCCUCUGCUUUCAAUUUAAACAUGACACCAAAUUCCCAUGGGUUAGUCACAACAGUCCCUCCGGUCGCUGUGUCGCAAUGCAGCACUAAAAUAUCAACUCACAGCCUGACCCUAUCCCCAGCCGCCCCUCACUGUGGUCCAGGCCCGGGACCUUCUCCGGUUGCAGACCUACCUCCUCUUCCAGUGCUGCUAUCAGUUCCAAACACUCAGACACAACCUUUUGUUCCCAGCCAGAGGGAGACAAACGCCGGUUCAAAGGAUAACCCUGAGAGCCAGACGUCGUCCUGGACUGCCAGACCUACCAGUAAUGGCAACUUUGUUCCAAGCCAGAUGUCCCCUGAGAUAACCGCCUCAAAAAUAUCCCUUGUUGAAGCAGUUAAAGAGACAAGGCCCAACACCAUUGAAAGCAGGAUUUAUACAUCGAAGGCAACGUUUUAUGAGAUCUCUAAACCUCCCUCCAUCCAGGACCUUACAGCAAUAAUCCCAACCUACCAGGGAGCAUCGUUUUCUGACGUAUACAGAAAGAAAACAGCUGUGUCAGUGGUGAAAUCUGAUCAGAAAUGGAAUGCGUCCAUGUCCCAAUGUGGAAGACCUAAGACUCCCUCUUCUACACCAGCUCGAGUGUCCACGCCCUUUAUUGAAAUAUCCAAACCUAACCCACUUUUAUUUGCUGCUUUCAAGUCCUCCCAAGAUCUACAAGCUCCUGCAAUUCCCAACGAAGCUCCAAGACAGAAAUCAGCGAUUCAAACCAGUGUUAUAAGUAAACCUCCGUCUGCCGCAGAAGAACUGAAGCGGACUGAUGUUAAUCACAUUACUGCUAUCAAACAAGCCAGCAAUUAUGAAAAGAUGGAGACACAAAGGAGUAUGAUAAAUCUAAGCUUUGCCAAUACUGAUCUGUACCCAAGGGAGAACUUGGCAUCAAGUAUGACUGCACUUCACUCUGCUGUGGUAAAACCAACACUAAUAGAACCAGUCAUCCCAAAACUACAAACAAACCAAGUUUCUGAAAGUGAGGCUUCGUCUUUGCCAAAAGUCCCAUCAUUUUUGUCUUCUGUACCAAAUACUCUCAACCCUACGCCAGUGAUUUCAAUUGAAGCACCACCAAGUCCAACCCCCCUGUCGUCCCCUUAUCGUCCCCCUGGGGUCGAUGCACGUAAGUCUUUGUUGUCACUAUUGGAGAAUCAAAUGUCAUUAGCGACCUCAAAGCACAAAUCCCAAUCGACAUAUUACGGGCUUACUCCAUCUGAGUAUGCAGCCUAUGGAGGGAUAAGGACUAAAGCAUCCCAUCACAGCCCUGCAACCCGCAGGUUUAAUGGAACCUCUUCGAAUAAAACACAGUCAGACGUAACUGUAAACGUGUCAAAGUCUGAUGCAACACAACAAAUCAAUGGACAUCAAGAUCUUCCGUCUUUGGUGGAGGUUUCUGUUGCAAGCAUUUUACAACCUCCAAGGGAUUUUGAGGAUCCAGCGGAACGGAUCAUCACACGUAGCGAAGAUGUGUUUGAGGAAACUCAGUCUGCAGCUCAAAGUAUUGGAAUACAAUCACUUAAAACAUCUAGCGUGGACACAAUAAAACCUGAGCUUCCCCUUGGCUUGUCACAGAACACAAUGCAACAAUCCACAAGUGAUGUAUCCACACCAAAAGCCUCAUACUCUGAGGAUCCAAUACCAAUGUCUAAAGCAGGUGAGCCAAACACACAAAGUAUGGCACUAUUUUCUAUAGAGGCAACGAGAAAUACGACUCCAUGCCUGACUGAUAGCAAUGGUCUGUCGAGUUCUUCCUCACCCUUAGUGAAAGUAAAACCAAAUGUUGAAAAACAGCGUAGUUUAAAAGGGAUGGAGAAAGGUUGCAAUCUUGAGAAAACACCUACAAAAGGAGAAUCCAAGGUCACAAAUGCCAAACAACAGUCAGGACACGUAGACAUAUCUCCGGUCCAGUCUUUCAAAACUCCCGGUGGAGUCAGUCCAUCAACAGCAAAUGGUCUCAAUGUCCAACCCACUGCCAAGCCUGUUAAAGACCUAGCUGAUCGUAAAAACCUGGUUGUUCCGUCUCCUGCCACAGAUUUAGAGCCCAAAUUCUCUGGGAAUGCCAUCAUAAAUGGUGCAUUAAUCUUAGGAAUACAACAAGCCAACAAACUGGUUUCGGAAAAAACACUGUCCAGUAAAGUGGCUGCUGAAGCGGUUUUACAUAAACAAAGUGAAGAAGUUACUCUACUCAAUAAAACAAACACGGGGAACAUUUUGCCUUCUGUGGCUCGUAAUACUGAACUUAUCCUCAACAAAACAAACACUGAGGCCCAAUUCUCAAAAAUAUUCUCCAAAGAAUCAAUUAUCGCUACCACAGGAUCAGUUUUGCAACAUGAGCCUGUCACAGCAUCUGUAUGUUCUGCACAGUGUAGUCUCAGCACAGUAUCUGCAGCGGUCCAAAGCACAAAAUUUCCGCAACAGAUUUGCACUGAAACUAAAAUUCACAGGAAUAAUCAAACAGUAGGACACAAGAUUAAUUUGCCAGGAGAAAGUCUCACUUUGAAAUCUUCUCAAGCAUCAAGUGCACCAAAUACACCUGCUGUUAAUGGUAAUUUAGUGGGAAGACCUAACACAGAACCCAAAAUACCUGACCUUUCUGUCAAUGCAACCAAAUUACCCAACAUUUCAGGCGUUAAAUUCCCUUCAGAUAUGACCUCCAAUGUGCUCACAAAAGAGCUCCCAAAACUCACCAAAACUAUUGAGAAUGUACUUCUAAACACACAGAGUGGCAUAUUAUCCAGUGGCCAAGAUAAAGUUAUUCAAACAGAAAAUCUCUACACAAACUCAAGAAGAGCUACAGUAGCGUCCACACAAGUAGUUGGAACCAGCCAUAACAUCCCUGCUAAAGACUCGAUAGUGUCAAGCCAAGUCAAUACAGAACCUAAACUCCCCACUUAUAAUAAUAUGGACACUAACAGAGUCGGCAACUCAACCGUGGGCACAGAACUGCAAUCACAACUCACCAAUGGAAGAGUGAGUUUAUUGACUUGGAAAACACCAACAGCGUGCCCCAGUGUAGCUAUUAUAGCAGAAAACAUUCAAACAAAAUGUGUUAUUGAAACAAGACCAGCUUCUAAUCUUUUAAAAGGAAACACAGUGCUGAACACACCUAGCAGUGAAAACAAACUGUCUGCAGGAUUGAAGUGCUCCACAGACUCGGUCUCACCUGCACAACCAGGAUGUUUAGAGACUAUUCAACACGGCGGACCUGUUGCAGAAAUUGCCCACUCCAACAAAUCCAAUUCAGGCAGCAAUAUUCACGUCCCCAACAAGCCUCAUACAGAAUCCAUUAUGCCUAUGAUGACAGACCCAGCAGUGAGCAUUAAACCAUCAUUUAAUACUGUACAGGUUAUUAAAGCUACCAUGCCAUCUAGCCCUGCCAUGAGGCAUGUCACACCAAAAAGCCCUCAGCUGAGAUUAGACGGACCCGAGAGUCUACCUGCAACAAAACCAGCCAUCAGUGCAAAACCUGUUUCUGUCCCUGUUGCUCGAACAAGAAUCUACACAAAGUCAAAAGCAGAUGGUAAACAGAUUGCCAACGUUCUUGCAGAGCACAGAUCGUCUGAGACAUCGGCAUCACAAAGUACAACUAAAUCCACUGUAAAAGAACAAUCCCCUUUCAUUCAGCCAAUAGUAGUCAAUGACUCUGGAGCAAGUCUCCCUACAAGGACAACACAUUCUGUAACGUCUAAGACUGAGACAACAGUUUCCUCUUCUUCUGGUUAUGCCAUGGCUAACAGUAUAGAACAGCAAACCAUUGCAAGUCAAAUCACGUUGUCUGGAGAUAAAGUUCAAACGUCUGUAAAUUCGGUGAGCUCUCAGACUGGAGUGAAACAAUUUAGGCAAUCUGUCAGUGAAACAAAUAAAUCUAUAGAAACUAACAUUCACACUCUACAUACCGUCUCACACACUCAUUUAAAUAACCACACUGCCACAAAUAUUCAACCUCUUGUUGAAGCCACCAGAGAUGCUAAAGCCCCACUUAUCCCUCCUCGAGUAACUAAACCUUGGAGCCCAACAAGAGCCUCCCCUUUACCAGAAGCAAGACUGCGUAAUACACCUACUCAACGCUAUACUCCAACCUUGCCCCAGUCUCCUCAAACUCCAGUCUCUUUAAACCAUACUACAGAAAAUAAACCUUCAGUCAUCAUUAAAGACCAGACAAACAAUCCCAUUACACCUCUUCGAAGUAAAACACCCACCAGCACCGAUCAGCCCUCUGCUAAGUCGAUCACAGAGAAUAUCUCAAAACCAACCACAACUAAAGACGUUUCAGUCCUGGCUAACAGUGCAGAGGUAGAGGUAAUUUCCCAAAUGCAAAAGAGAAAAAGACACCGAGCAAAAGAUUCCAGUAAGGAAGGAAAAGUAUCCUCAAUGAACGCUAAAACUAACCCUUCCAUCCAAUCUGCCGAUCCUGUUUCAAUCAGUAAACCUACUCUAAAAGCACAACUUCCCACUAAGCAGAUAGAAUCAAGACCUGUAAAAACAAAAUCCUCAAAGCCUUCCCCCGAUCCAGUCCAGAUUAGCGUGCACACCAGUAACAUUCAGACCUCGACAAAGCUACCAGUAGAGAAUAUUUCCCCUGCAAAGCCAGCAACAGAUACUGUCAUGAAACCAUCCAUAGUAAAAGCCGCUGUGAUUGACUCUGCCACUCCUGCCUCUCUGCCUCAGGCCUCAGUCUCAGUCAAACCUCCAUCCCCAAACAGAGGAAUGUCACCGCCAUCUCAGCAAAAAACUGGACUCAAAGACAAGGAUGUUGUGAGGACCAAAUCUACAGCUGCGCCGACGGAAGCCCCGACGGCCGAACCCUCCACGAAGUCAGCGACAUCGACUGCAUCUUCAACUGCUGACAAGAAGGCCGUGACGGCGGAGACAUCCCGUCCAUCCACUGAGGCUAAAGCAGCACAGAAGCCGAAAGGCCUUAAGGGUAAGCUCAGCGGAUGGACACGGCUCAAGAAACACAUGGUUGUUGAGCCAGAGGAACUUUUGUUUCCAGAGAAGAAUGCCCAAUCUCAGGUCGAUUCCAGUGGCAGCAAUGAGAAAACAGAUCAAGGUGGUGAUAAGUCAUCGGCAGACCAAUGUGCUAAUCGGGAAGUGCUUAACAACAAAGACGGUCCCAUGGGGUUAAAGAUGUGGGACGUCCUCCUCUUUCAGAUGUUCUCUACCAAAGACCGAAUUAUGCACCAGAUCAACGCCAACAAGAAAGAAUCAGAUAAGAAAAAGGAACCUAAAGACAAGCAAGGAGAAGUUCCUUCUUUUGUCAGUCGCCUGCCGAUUCUGUUGUACAGCCCCCGUUUUGAUGCCAGGAAGCUAAAAGAGGCGGCAGAGAAGCCGCUCUCGAAGAUAUCAGCAGUGUUUGAAAAGGGGCUGAUAAAACGCAAAUCGCAGGAAGACGAACACAAGGACUUCAACAGGAAAGCAAGAGGAUUUGGUUCAAGGAAAACUACUGAUAUUUAAGAUAAAGAUGCAAUGAUCUCAGAUAGGUGUGAGAACCUAUCUGAGAAAAUGAAUCAGUAGAGGGAAUUUGGAAGAAAAUAGAUAUUAAACAAUUUGUUGAUUUAUUUCACAAUUAAAUUAAUUUUAGAAAUCAGUCCUGCAUUGAGGAGGAAGAUUAUUCUUGAGGGUAAAAAGGACUAAAAGUAUAAUUGAUAACUGAUCAACUCGCUAAAAGAAAAUUUUGCUGUGCAACACUACUUUGUUAGAUUGUUAUUGUUUCAUUUGAUGGUAGCCUAGAUGUAGUGUUGAAUGCAGAGAGAAGAUUGUUUCAUUUGACAUGUUCUACCUUUUUCUAUUUUUCUAAACAGGCUUUUAGUGUACACCGCUGGUAGGCAGAUUGUAAUCUCUGUAAUAAAUAGGGCUUUUACAUUCCUGGAACAACAGGGCAGAUGGAUUUUGAAAGAAGGAAAAGCAGAGCUGGAUGAAGGGUGAAGGUCCAGUCAGAGCAGAUUUAGGGUUCUGGAAGUCAGGUAAGGAUGGAAACGAAGCAGCUGAGGUCUGGGCUUUUGAUUGGGGCAAGAAACUACAACCACACAGGCUGGUACAUCUUGGGGCUGGGCAAUAUGGACAAUACUACUAUGAUGCCUAAAAGAUCUUCUUCUGAUAUCAGUAUAUAUUAUUGUAUAUUGUCUGCUCAGGCUUUUAGGUGAUGUUUUUGUUUUUUGUUUUCUAGUGGCUCUCGGGAAGUAAUGUUGGGUUAAUUGGUCCACCACUUGGGCUUUGGUUGAAGUAUCUUAACAAUAAAACUAAUUGCCAAUACAUGUUGUACAAACAUUCAUGGUCCCCAGAGGACGCAUCCCGUUGACUCUGGUGAACAGCUGACUUUUCAUCUGGCACAAUUUUAAUUAGUUCAAUACUUUGGAUUAUGAUUCAAUACAUGAAGCACAUUCCCAUCAGUUUGGUACUAAUUGGAAGAUGUUAGCAUGCUAACACAGUAGCCUAAUGGUAAACGUUGCUUGUUAAACAUUAGCAUGUUUGCCUUGUCACAGUGAGAACGUUGGCAUGUUUGGGAGAAAACUGAGAUUAUAAUUAAAGCUUUUUGGUGUUAUUUUGAGACGAUCACAGAAUACUGUUGACCAAGCCCAUCCCAACAUUAAAAUCACUCCACCAGCCACAAGCUCCAAGCUAAUCUGUCAGUUGAGGAAAGUAGAUGAAGACCGACUGAAACGAAUGUUUAUGUUUAUCCGUGAAAAUCUCUUCUGUGUUGAGAUCCAUUAUUUUCCCACGGUGAUGAUAUGAACAAAUGAACUUGGUGGAUUGUAAUUUCUUGCCUCGUGGUGGAUCGUCCAGGACUUGUGAAAACAAUGUCAAUGAGUUUAGAUUGUAACGAGGAUGAGGAAGUGAAUACCAAAGAAUGAUAAAUGAAUGAUGAUGAUGAAGAUGCCUGCAGUAGGAAGACAGACUAACUGACAAUGGAGUGAUAGCUGGAGAAGACGUUCAUGGCGGGUGUGAUGUUUCACAGCUCUGAAGGAUUUUGGUGCUGCCGUAGAAUGUGUUUGCAUGUUGUUGAUAUUUUGACCCUUUUUGUCUCUAUUUCGGGAGUUUAAAAAUGUGGUGUUAACCCCAGAUGACCAUCAUGGUGUGAGGGGGACUUGACCCCUAAGCUAACCACAGCCCCAUUUAUCACACUGAUGCUUAACAUAAACUAAAACUUUAACACUUUUGUUCACUGUGUGAUUCUCAACGAUGCAUAAAGUUCAAUGUGAAGCUCUCGUCUUGUAUUUCUCCAUUUUGAAUCACAGGAUAAGCUAGAGAACGGUGACGCACCACAGCUAACAUGAAUAAACUAGAGUGUUUGUUCAUGUGGAUGAAGAAACUACGGUGAGGCUCACAUUGAUGCAUUUUAAUAGUUUUUAUAACAAUUU